GGAAGGUCUCGGCGCUGCCGGGCGGGCUUUUCCCUUUCGCCGAGCGGCGUCGGCGGAACGCGGACGGGUCUUCCCUGCGGACUGUUUCUGGAGACUAUGGCGGCCCCGGGCAGUUGACGUUGGCGCUCCUCCCCUCUUCUCUUCCUUGUCCUUCUCCUCUCUCCAGCCGCCGGCUCCGCUCCUGGCUCCCGCCUCCUGACGACCGACACUUGAGGGAGCGUCACCGGCGCCUUCGCCCACCAUGCAAGUCAUCAUCGGCAUCGGCGGGGUCACCAAUGGUGGGAAGACCACCCUCACCAACAAACUAAUGCAAGCUUUACCCAACUGUAGUGUUGUGCACCAGGAUGAUUUCUUUAAGCCCCAGGAUGAGAUAGUGGUUGAAGAUGGAUUUAAACAGUAUGAUGUUAUCAGUGCUUUGGAUAUGGAUGCUAUGAUGAAUACCAUCUACGCAUGGAAGAAAAACCCAGUCAAGUUUGAACGAUCACACGGAAUUAACACACUAGAUUCCAGAAUUAUAGAAGGUUCAGAGGAGAAGGACAACACCAUCCAUAUCCUUAUUGUCGAAGGAUUCUUACUUUACACUUACAGACCCCUGAUCGAUGUAUUUGACUACCGAUUCUUUCUUUCUAUUCCCUAUGAAGAGUGCAAGAAGAGGAGAAGGUCAAGGAAUUACACCGUACCAGACCCACCUGGGUUAUUUGAUGGUCACGUCUGGCCCAUGUAUGUCAAACAUAAGAAGGUAAUGGAAGAUCUUCAAAUUGAUGUUGUUCAGUUGAACGGAACACGAUCCAGGGAGGAGCUCUUUGAUGAUGUCUAUGGAUAUAUUCAGAACAGCUUAGAAGAACUGAUGAAAAUGCUGACCUAGAGAAGCAGCUGGUGGCGUCUCGGAAGCCUGAGACGCAUCUCUUUGGUAACUUAUUUUUUUACACGUGCCUGGCCUGGCAGCAAAGUUCCAACUUCUGUGAAGAUUUUUUCCUUUGUUAAAGGUGUUGUUGACAUAGAUCUCUGCCAAUGCGGCCUUGAUUAAAAAGUGGUCCUAUAAAGCUUC